AUGCAGUUGACAAUAGUAUUACUUUUAUCAAUUAAUAUAAACUUGAUCAUUCUAAAUAAUGCAUCAUCAUUUGAUUUAACACUGAAUAUAAAUGGUAAGAAUAAUUAUUUUCGUUUUUUCGAAGCUAUAACAUCCAUUGAAAAUCUUCGAAUGCCAUCGGUUAUUAUUCUUGAUGACAAUAAUGAUCAGAGUGCUAAUAUAACAAAUUCCUCGUUCAUUCAAAUCUAUCGUACACAAUUCAAUGAAAAUUUAUUUCAUAUUGCUACUGUUUUUAGCCGAACAGUUUCAAAUAGUAAUCUACUGUUUGCUACGAUUGAAAUGUCAAAUCGUUCCUUAUAUGAGAUUUUUCCAUCGAUUUCAAUGAGUCAAACAAGAUCAAAACGAUCGUUUCAUUAUGAUUAUAUUGUUAAGCAUAAUGGUUCAAUUCUUGAACAAGCAUUUGUAUCUAUUGAAUGGCGUAAUAAUCGUGAACGACGUGCCGCUCAAAAAUCUCGAAUGAAACGCAAGGUUGAAGCAUCCAACCCAUUCAAUGAGCAAUCAUGCGUGGUUGGUCAACACACUGAAAUGUCAUGGAAAUUCAGCGAUAUUGAGAAGCCUCAAGUAACAUGGUGGUUCUCCGGGCAACCACUAAAGACCAACAGUCGAUUCCGAGUGACCGAAAAUGAAGACGAAAGAUCGACAAUCACUAUUCACAAAACAGACUUUGUCGACGAAGACAUCUAUAUCGCUCGAGCAUACAAUAGUGUCGGUGAGACCGAAGCAAAAAUGAUAUUGUAUAUUGCUGGUAUCAAACCGGUCAUCGAAAUCGAUCUUGAAACUAAACUAAAAGUCGCGAAAGGGCGUACGAUUACUCUUAAGCUAACCGUCUCUGGGAUUCCACAGCCUGAAAUUGUGUGGAUGUGUGACAAUAAUGAGCUGAUAUCCGAUGACCGCGUUUUUAUAACAUCGCCAACUAGAGAUACUGACAGCACAUAUACAUUAACCAUCAUAAAUGUUCAACUUGAAGACCAAGGAAAAUACUCAGCCAAUAUCAAAAAUAUUGCUGGAUCGCUUAAAUCGAAAAACUGCGAAGUGAUAAUCAUCAGCACCUUGGAAAGUGGCGUGGCCAGGCCUGUUAUACUAAUGGAUGACUAUCACACAAAUGCAGACAACCAGCAUCUUGAGAUUUUCAGUUUGAUUUGGCUUGAUGCUAAUCCAAAUGUUCAGGAGUUGCAAGGUACACAGCAAAAGUUAUGCUCCAUCAUUAACCAACUGAAGACAUUUCAGGACGUAGAACAAUGCCAAAACUAUAUUGAAGGGAGAACACUAAAAGAUCGCAUAGUAAUGAUUGUUAGCGGUCAAUUUGGAAGAGAAAUUGUUCCUUCUAUUCAUAAACUUCGACAAGUUCUAUCCAUCUAUGUGUACUGCAUGGAUAAGAAAAGUAAUAAACAAUGGGUUUCCAAAUUUUCAAAAGUAAAAGCUGUUGUUGUUAAACAUGAUGAACUUUUAUCUCGAAUUAAAACUGAUCAUAAAAUUCAAAGAAAGUUGGAAGAGCCAGUGACAAUUAAUUUUUUUAAUACAAGUACCAAAGCUGGUAAAUCAACAACAGCUGUUAACGGUCAGUUCGUUUUUUCUCAAGUUCUUAUUGAUUGUCUUCUACGCUUAAAAUCCAAUGAAGAAGAUAAAACAGAGCUCAUUAAUUAUUGUAAACACCAAUAUGAAGGCAACAAUCUUGAGUUGAACAAUAUUCGUGAAUUUGAAAAGGAUUAUGUGUCUGGCAAAGUUUUAUGGUGGUAUACGAAAGAGUCAUUUUUUUACAAGACUCUCAAUUCUGCUCUACGUACCCAAAAUAUUCAUUUAAUUUUUUUAUUUCGUGCAUUUAUCUUCGAUAUUUAUCGUCAAUUGCAAAAUUGUCAGGCUAAGCAGCCUCUACAAGUUUAUCGCAGCCAGAUGAUAUCAAGUUCUGAACUGCAAACUUUGACACAGUGCUGCGAUCAAUUUAUUUCAGUGAACUCGUUUUUUUCCACUAGUACUGAUAAAUAUCAAGCACUGUCGUUACUCAAAAUUCCUGAAGAUGUACAGAAUUUAGAACCAAUAUUAUUUGAAAUUGAUGCCGACCCUAAGAUGGUUACGACAAAACCAUUCGCCGAUAUCACUGCAAAUAGUGAAUUUUCUGGGAAAAUAUUAUGGGAGAUGGGAAAGCUUGAUUUAGCUGAAAAAUAUUUUACGCGUCGAUUAAAAGAACUACCACCCGAUGAUUCUUCACUUGAUAAUCUGUAUGAAGAUCUUGCCAAACUCUCAUCACAAACAGGCAACUAUGACAAGAGUGUUUAUUGGCAUAAAAAAGCUGUCGCGAAUUCAGAAAGACAUCCAUUAACAGUCAGCGUUACAUAA